AUGUUUGGGCAGCUUGACAUCACGGGCCGAGGACUAAUCGGCCCAGAUGAUCUACAGAAAGUCCUGAGCACCUCGUUGCACAAGAAGGAACCUGCCUCCGGCGACAACAAUAUCAGGCGCUUCACGGACAUGGUCAAGGAGUUUGACCUCAACGGUGAUGGAUAUCUAGAUCCUCAGGAGUUCAGGAAGAUGCUGCGAGCAGAAGAGCCGUGGAAUGAAGGGGACUCCUCCACGGCUGCCCCCGCGCCGUUUGCUAAGUUUUCAAAGCUCCACGUAGUGCAGCUUGUCAUGCUUUGUCCUGCCCUCAGGUCCUUGCGCUGA